AUGAACCUGCUCAAAGCACGGGGUAGCAAAGCAUCAGAUCUUUCAGGUCAUAAAGGGAUUACAGUAUCUGAGAAGAAAAAAAUCCAUCAUCCGGCCAUUAUGUUCACCCUCCACCAAGACAAGCAAAAAUUUUUAUUUGCAAGUCAAACACAAUUUUCUGUGAGCCUUGAUUUGCCUUUCUCCCAGCGACAAACUGUAGUGCAGCAACCCAAAGCCAAUACAGAUAUAUGGCUAAAACAGCCUCCUGAUUUUAGCUACCAGCUCUAUAGAUCAUCUAACCCUUCACUGAAUCCACGAGAAAGGGGAAAAGGGGAACUGAAGCCAAAAAUUACCUCUGAGUUCAUAGCUGCUCCUUCGUCUCAGAAAACAAAAGGGACUUGCCCCAGCUUGUCACUUGCUUUUCCACGGAUCGGCUCUUAUGAGGCCAAAAUACUGUUUGUGGAGAAUGGCAAAUGUAAGACUGGUGUGUAUGAAGACCCCGAACCACAUGAUUAUAGGCAGGUGCAGUAUACAGCUAAUUUACCAAAUCUUGUGAUAAGUUACUCCAGACAUCCUUUAAAUCUGAAGUUAAGAUCACAGGAUUUAAACAUAGAUCCUGGACUUGACCCACUGAGAGGAAAGCAAAAGGAUUCUGAUAGGAGAUUUCUUACAUACAAGCCUUGUGAAAGCAAAUGGGAUCCACGGCUGCUACUACCAAAGAAUCCCUGGCCACCAAAAUCUGAUUCAUUUGCAGUUAGUUAG